CACAAAGUGCUGACAGCCCCAACCUGUGAAUGAUUUAGGCUACGUUUCCUGACUCUUCUUGAACUCUGGAGUUGUCUUUCCUGGUAGCAUCUCCCUCUCCUUUGUGCCCUGGCUGCACAAAUGUGCUCAAUUAGGGUUAACUCAAACUGAAUCAAACUUCAUGCCUGAGGUUGGAAAUCUUCCCAGUCAACUCACCACAGCCACAUAGCAUGGUGGGAGACAAGGCGAGAGGGGAGAUGAACGCUUUUCAGAGAAACGAAUCCAAGGAAACUUUGUUCACUUUUAUUUCUGCAGGAGAUGAUCCCCCCAAAGGAGAUUUCCCUGUUCAGAAAAAAUCCCCGAAACUCUGUGGCUCCAACUACCCCCUAAGCAUUGCCUUCAUCGUGGUGAACGAGUUCUGCGAGCGCUUCUCCUACUAUGGCAUGAGAGCUGUCCUGACACUGUACUUCUUAAGCUUCUUCCACUGGGAUGAGAAUCUCUCCACCGCUGUGUACCAUGCCUUUUCUGCGCUCUGUUAUUUCACACCUAUCAUUGGAGCCAUCAUGGCAGACUCGUGGCUGGGGAAAUACAAGACGAUCAUCUACCUGUCCAUUGUGUAUGUGGUUGGCCAUCUGAUAAAGUCAGUCGGUGCAAUUCCAUCCCUAGGCAACAAGGUGGUUCAUGUGGUCCUGUCUAUGGUUGGUCUGUUUUUGAUCGCCCUUGGAACGGGAGGUAUCAAGCCCUGUGUCUCUGCAUUUGGUGGGGACCAGUUUGAAGAGGAACAUACCUCGGAGAGAAACAAGUUUUUUUCCAUCUUCUAUUUAUCCAUUAAUGCUGGAAGUUUGAUCUCCACGUUUGUAACUCCUGUAUUAAGAGGGGAUGUGAAAUGUUUUGGAGAGGAUUGUUAUGCACUGGCUUUUGGUGUCCCGGCAGCAUUGAUGGUGUUGGCGCUUGUUGUGUUCAUUGCUGGAAGUGGAUUGUACAGAAAAACGCCACCACAAGGGAACAUCUUACUUGAAGUGUGCAAAUGCAUUGGUUUUGCUAUUAAAAACCGGCUGAAAAACCGCUCCCGUGAGAUUCCAAAGAGAGAUCACUGGCUGGACUGGGCAUCAGAAAAAUAUUCGAAGCAGCUGAUUGGGGAGGUUAAAAUGGUGACACGCGUUCUCUUCCUCUUCAUACCGCUGCCAAUGUUCUGGGCCCUGUUUGAUCAGCAGGGAUCCAGGUGGACUUUGCAAGCCACAAAAAUGAAUCCUGAUUUUGGAAUAUAUGUCCUUCAGCCUGACCAAAUGCAGUUCUUAAAUCCACUUCUUAUUCUUGUCUUCAUCCCAGUUUUUGACCUUGGGCUCUACCCCCUGAUAAACAUGUGCAAAUUUAAUUUCACACCUAUUAGGAAAAUGGCAACAGGUAUGAUCCUUGCAGGGGUGGCGUUUGGACUUGCAGCCAUUGUAGAAAUCAAAAUAAAUGAAACUGAUAUGCCUCAACUUGCCCCAGAAGAGAGUUUAAUUCGGGUCCUGAAUUUGGCAAAGAACCCUGUUCAAGUAACAAUCCAAGACCGGGACCUAUUUCAGCAGCCUGUAGGGGCUUUUCAGAACCCAGCUGAGUACUCAAAAUUAAUAUUGAAUGGAGAGCAACAGAACUUUCAGUUCACCCUGCAACAUCAAGGACUGUCUCUUGCUUUUAACUACACCGUGAAGGAAAAAUCAGUAUACAGCUUAAUUGUUUUUGAGGCAGAAGGAAGCCUAUCAAGCCGCUUAAUUACAGACCUGGAAACAAAGCCAGAAAAUGGUUUGACAGCUGUUAGAUUCAUUAAUGGUUUGAGCCAAGAUGUCAACCUCACCAUUGACAGCAAACGGUUCAUUGCUGUUGAGAAAAACUACAGUGCUUCUGGGUACUCGCUGCUAGAGAGGGACAAAUAUAAUAAUGGAAAAUGCAUGACUGAAACAGGAGAAUUCAUCCUGGAACUAGGGCUGCUCGACUUCGGCGCAUCCUACACCAUUGUGAUAACCAACGUUUCUGGAGGUGCUGUUAAGAUAUGGAAGUCAGAAGACAUCAAAGCCAACAAUGUCCAUAUGGCUUGGCAGUUACCACAAUACUUAUUAAUAUCUGCUGGAGAGGUGAUGUUCUCCAUUACGGGUCUGGCCUUCUCCUAUUCUCAGUCUCCAGCCAGCAUGAAGUCGGUGCUGCAGGCAGGCUGGCUGCUCACCGUGGCUGUUGGGAACACCCUUGUGCUUGUUGUUGCCCAGGCUGCACCAAUGGCACAGUGGGCUGAAUUUGUCUUGUUCACUGUUCUCCUCUUUGCUGUGUGCAUUGUCUUCUCCAUCAUGGGAUAUUUCUAUGUCAGUGUGGAUCCAGAGGACCUCCAGGAAAAGGAAGAGAAGAGAGACACCACAAGCAGCGGAAACAUGAUUGGUCUCGUUACUCAGAAAACAAAUUUCUAACACAUCAUGGGUUGCGAUUUUUUUUUUUUAAACUCAGUAGAUGGGAGGGUAAAAGAAGGGUGGGGACAAUGUUUUUUAUCUUAUAGCAUUGCAGUCUUUAUUACUCAAAAUGUAGCCACCUUCUAAAUGGGACCAAAUAGCCCUCUAUAAAAACAAUGGGGGUCCUGAAAUCAGGGCAAAACUCCCUGGGAAAGCUCCUGUGGUAUUAAAAGCCUGUGUAAGUAAAUGCAGUGUAAUUUAAAACCUGCCCAUCUUUUUAAUCAUGGAAUGCUUUCGUAUGAUUUUGUUUUAAACACAUAUUUAGUGCAGCAGGGAGGAAGGGUGGAAGGAAUGCCGUCUGACAGCAAAAUUUGGAGAUCUUGGGAAAAAAGAAUGAAAACCCAGUACAGGAAUUAAGGAAGAAGAAAUGUUACCAACAGAAGAAUUUUUAGUGCUGUCAUCAAGGACUGGAAGUGUUACACACAAUCCCAAAGGAUUUUAUCAUGUAACACUCCUUAUGAGUAUUUCACCCCAUUAUUGCAUGUUAUGACUGGUCCUGAUUUAUGACUUUCGCCUCUAGGCUCAGAAGUAAUAACAGGGAAUUAAAUUCUGCAGGCUAAAAUAUUCCCAAAACACUACUGAAGAAGAUGUGCUUGCUGCCAUCUCUCUGAUACCCAUUUUUUCCGACAAGUUUUUGGCAACUGAUGGCGCUCUUUGAUUAGAUGUGAUUAGAGAAUUGGUUUAGGCUUUUUUAUUUCAGAAAUCCAGGCAGUUAUUUGCCAUCUUCCUAUAUAUUAAGCCUUUAUUGGGCAUUUCCUUUUACAGCACCUGCGACUGCAAGUUAGAAUAUGGUUGAUUUCUUGUCUCAUGCUUUAGUUAUUCCCCACUGGGAGACAUGGUGCAGCAGUUUCUAUAAAAUUCCAGUCAUCUUGCAGUGAAUUAAACAAGGAUGCACUUUAUCAUUUUUUCAGUCUACAAGAGGACAUCAUGGCGUAGGAGAUUUUCAUUUUCUUCUCUGGUUUUGUGUCUCUCUACCAAACUUUGGACACAGCUAUUUUAUCAGAAUUGUGGUAUAAUUGUCUGAUUUUCCUCACAUGCGUGAAGCUGUGAUUUCAUGUUCUGCGUAGAAGUAAUUCAACCAUUGCUGAUCUAGUAAAAUUCCUGAGAGAGUCCCUGCCUUCCUCUAUUGCUCUGAGACCACAAUUGUAACAGGAAUGGCCUAAUUUACAACAAGGCUGUCAACAAGAUCAUCAGGUUCACAGAGAAUAGAUUUUAAAUUAUGCUUUCCUCUUCCAUCUUGGGAUUGGCCAAAGUGGGUACUGAUGCUUUGAUUCAGGCUAUCAGGAAAUACAUGUUUAAUUUCAUUCCUGUUCAGGACAGUGCUAAGGAAUACUCUUAGCUUGACAUCUCUGCUACUUUAAUGUGUCACUUUCUGUGUGUGUUUUCUUGAGUAAGGCUGAGAAAACCCCACUUUUGGUUUAUAACUGGAAGGCUCACAGCCUCUGAUCGUUGCCUUUGCUUCCUCUCCUAAAUGGUCAUGAACUUCUACCACUAGUUCUACAUAAGCUGCUGCCUGCUGUGAAAUAGCAUCUGGGUCUUGUGCCAGAGGGCGUAUUGUGGGCUCAGAUAAGUGACAACUGGCUGUGGGUGUGUGCACAGAAACACUUACUGUGGUUCAGUCGAUGCAGACCCAUUAUUUAAGCUGUGGCGGCUGGAUCCAGGCGGCUGAACCCUGCGACGCAGCGGGGAAAGAAGGGCAUUGAAAGCCAUCUAUUAGGUCAUCCGACCUGCUCCUCAGAAGCCAAGUGAGGAUUAUUCCCUCUGCUCCUUUCUGGUAUUGUUCUCCUGCCGUGAUUCUUUGUGUGGGUUCUUUCUCCUCCAGUUAUUGUUGUUUUCCUAAUCCUGUUUUAUGAUACACUGCGAAUCAGCUCAGAGGCUGCUGAAUCAUUCUGCUAUGAUGCUGUUUGACUGGCUUCCAAUUUGAAGCACUAAUAGAAAGCAUUUCGUCCUCCCCCCCGCAAACAAAACAAAAAUCCCCAAACUGAAGGAAUGGACAGGCUCCAGUAACACUGAACAGACACAAUUUAGAAUUAUUGGGGCAUUUAAUUUUUUAUAAGCCUUGAAUUUGGAAGUAUGUUGAAGUUUGAGGGCAUAUGUGGUGAAGAGACAAUUGAAAAUUAUUGGAGCACUUUCCUUGGGAAGCACUUGGUACAUCACAGCUCAAAGUGGCAUGAGGGAGAGCAAGUUGUCCAGAGGACAUGAUCUUUAAGACUACAUAUGCUCAAGAACCUCUUGAUUUUUAUGUUUUAUUUCCUAACUGGCGGCACUACCAGAAGCUGUCACACACUCUGAGCUUAAUUUAAAGGAAUCAUUCCAAACUCAUAAAAGAUACAUUUAGGAUGUCAUCUGUAUCUGCUUUUUAGACUCCUGAUGCCAAUUUGCCCUUUUCCAAACAUCUCCAUGCUCCAAAUCAUCACCAUAAUGGGGAGGGGGAGGUGGGAGGGGAGUGUGUGUGUGGAAGAAAAAUUGCAAUUCACAGUUGGGGAGGCAAUGAAAAGGAAGGCAGUGCUAUAAAUAAAGUGCUACCAUGAGGCUGGGGGCUGCUCCUGCAGCCCCUCUGGGGAAUUGCUUGCCCAAGGGGGUGUAAGGCUCUGUUCACAUUUCUCUUAACAGCUGACGCAGUUACUUCUUCCCACCUGCUCAUCAUCAGCCAUUGGAAGCUUUGUCCUCCUCCAAUCUGCCUGCUUGGUUGCUGGUGUGAUCCUUCCCCACUGUUUCAGCUGCAGUCGUGAAGCUUUGCUAAUUGGACCCAUUUUUUUGAAAAGCACUAGCAGGUUGGAGGGAUUUCCACUGGGCAUGCUGACAACUAGCCAGGAGCAGGCUGAGGGCUGUAAUGAAGAGCUGCCCUAGCUGUAGCUGGAGAAGGUGGCAAAAUAGCACAUUCAGCACAGCACUUCUCCAAUUUUAGGGCCACAACUCCAUCCUCGGAGCCCUUUCACCAUUUUCAAAUGGACUCAAGACUGGAUCAAAGGUUUAGGACCUGAAUCUGUGGAGCAUUGAGUUUUCUGUAUUUUUCUUCCAUAUAGUCAGCUCAGAGCUGGGAUCAUGCACAGCUCUUAACACUCAGUGUUAGAACAAUACGCCUUAUUUUUCCCAGUUCUUUGAUUUAGGAUUAGAGAGGGAAGCCAAAAUAGUGAUAGUAUGUGUAAAGCUACGUGAAGCUGUAUGGAGAAAUAACAGCCUGCUGCCUGUCUAGCUUCACCUGUCACUGAAACGAGUCUCACCUGUUGGUGGAGUUUGCCCUGGAGCAGAUUAGGGAAAGCUCACACCAGCUGUUUUGGAGGCUGACCUACAGAAAUGAUCAUCUCUAGCUAAGGGAAAGCAAUGAGCUGGGGGGAUCUGUAGGUAUGUUGCUGCACAAGCCUUCAUGGAGACUGCAGGGGGUUGGCUUCACUGUGGAGGUAUGUGUGUUUUUCUGUUUUUUCUGAAGGAUACUUUCUGAUAGUUUUUUUUUUCAUGCAGCAAACUUCCCUUCAGUUGCACUGGAUGUUAUCCAACACAUUUUUUUUAGCAGGUUAUUAAGUGUUAUUUCCAGCUUUGCAUGAGAUAAGCAUAAAAAUAAGAUUUCCAAUUCAGCAAAACAACUUCUUUGCUGUGUAUUCCUUAAAUUUACCUUUUCUUUCUGAACCAGUUGAAUGCCUUUUAGAGCAAGCUGCUCUGUGCAGGUCAAGGAACUUGCAUCUCUCUUUUCUUCCCUCUGCCUUUCCAAAUGGUUUUGAAGGAUUCCAGAAGAUGAGCCCUGGGAGGGCUGCAUGGAACUGGCUUGGAUGCACCUGGUGAGGUCUGGCUAGGCACAGGAGCUGGUUCCUCUCUGGAGACCCAAAUGGGGCUGGGCAAGGUGGCCUGGGGCAGGACUUCUUGGAAGAUGUGGUUUUUCUGAGCAGUGAAAUUUUAGCAAGGGGAUAAUCUCCUCAUCUCUCAGUAUUGAAUUUUUUUUUUUUUGCCUAGCUACAAGAAACACUUCCUAGCACCAGCAGCUUAAACCUGGGAGUUCAGCUCCAUGGCAAAUACCACAGCUGCUGAAUUUUGGAUUAUACCAGACUCUGCAUUUCAUUAUCACUACAUUUGUUAUUGUGAUAUAAUUUUAAAACAGCAUUUAAGAGAUGUUUCUGGUCCCAGAUGUUGAUAGAUCUGGCAGGGCUUUGUAUGUUGAUAGCUGGAUUUAAGCUAGUCUUUCAUGUUAACGUGUGUGAUAAACCUGUCAUGUACAAGUAGAUGUUGCAAGCCCUUUGGAUUUCCCCAGUGCUUUAGUAGAAAAAAAGCAAAUUCUCCAGUAAAGCUGGCUAAACAUGAA